AUGGCCCAAGUUUUGAACAACUCUCGCUCCGACACGCUUUUUCUCGGGGGCGAGAAGAUAAGCGGUGACGACAUUAGGAAUCAAAAUGUGCUUGCGGCAUCUGCUGUGGCCAAUGUGGUAAAAUCGUCACUGGGGCCUGUUGGCUUGGACAAAAUGUUAGUGGAUGACAUUGGAGAUUUCACAGUGACCAACGAUGGUGCCACAAUUCUCUCUCUUUUGGAUGUGCAACAUCCAGCCGGGAAGAUUUUAGUGGAACUUGCGCAACAGCAAGAUCGCGAAAUUGGUGACGGUACCACCAGCGUGGUAAUUGUUGCAUCAGAGCUUUUGAAAAGGGCCAACAGUUUGGUCAAAAACAAGAUACAUCCAACCACGAUCAUAACGGGAUACCGGUUAGCUCUCAGGGAAGCAAUUCGUUACAUCAAUGAGGUUCUUUCGAUGCCAGUGGACAUGCUGCGCAAGGACUCGCUUGUAAACAUAGCCAAGACAAGUAUGUCAUCCAAGAUUAUCGGAUCAGACUCAGAUUUUUUUGGCAAUUUGGUGGUAGAUGCCCUGUUGGCCGUUAGAACGCAAAACUCCAAGGGAGAGAUCAAAUACCCAGUGAAAGCCGUUAACAUUUUGAAAGCGCACGGGAAAUCCGCUGUGGAGUCUGUUUUAGUACAAGGAUACGCUCUCAACUGUACAGUUGCUUCGCAAGCCAUGCCCAAGCGUAUUGCUGGCGGCGCAGUUAACAUUGCUUGCUUGGACAUAAAUUUGCAAAAGGCUAGAAUGGCGAUGGGUGUUCAAAUCAAUGUUGAUGACCCAGAGCAGUUGGAGGAAAUCCGUAAACGGGAAGUAGGAAUUGUUUUAGAAAGGGUCCAGAAAAUCAUCGACGCAGGUGCUCAAGUGGUGUUGACCACCAAGGGUAUAGACGACCUGUGUUUGAAGAAGUUUGUGGAGGCUAACAUCAUGGCUGUAAGGCGCUGUAAGAAAGAAGAUUUGAGAAGAAUUGCCAGAGCCACGGGCGGUACACUAAUCAGCUCUAUGUCCAAUUUAGAAGGAGACGAGUGUUUUGAAAGCAGCUAUUUGGGUACCUGCCAAGAGGUUGUUCAGGCCAAGUUUUCAGAUGAUGAAUGUAUUUUAAUAAAAGGCACUUCCAAACAUUCUUCGUCUUCGAUCGUUCUCCGUGGACCGAAUGAUUACUCGCUUGACGAAAUGGAACGGUCGAUCCAUGACUCCUUGUCUGUUGUCAAAAGAACUCUAGAAAGUGGGAAUGUUGUUCCUGGUGGCGGUUCUGUCGAAACAGCUCUAAAUAUCUACCUUGACAAUUUUGCCACCACAGUGGGUUCCAGAGAGCAAUUGGCCAUUGCUGAAUUUGCGGCCGCGCUGUUGGUCAUUCCAAAGACGCUUGCAGUAAAUGCGGCUAAAGACGCCAGCGAUUUGAUUGCCAAAUUGCGCUCAUAUCAUGCUGCUAGCCAGCAAGCCCAGCUGGAAGACACCAAGAGGAAAAACUACAGAAAUUACGGACUUGAUCUUAUCCGAGGUAAAGUUGUGGAUGAAGUCAGCGCGGGAGUCUUAGAACCUACCGUGAGCAAAGUCAAGUCGUUCAAGUCCGCGCUAGAGGCAUGUAUCGCUAUUCUCAGAAUCGACACUAUGAUUGUUGUCGAUCCGGAGCCUUCAAAAGAAGAUCCACACGGUCAUCACUGA